CCACGGACGAGUGAGCCCAACUCCCGCCACAAGUUAGAACGGAGGUGACGCCGUCCCAGCAGGCUUUGAGAGCGCUCCGCCCACACCAAACCAUAGAGAGGAGGCCCCUCGCCCCCAGGCGCCCGGGGCUUCUCUAGCCGCCGGAGGACUCGUCUCGCUGGUGUGCACGGUGGGCUGACGGCGAGCUUCGCCACGAGUUUCGGACCCCGCGUACUUCAUUCACCUUGACGUCUGUCAUUAGAGUGCUGAGACCAGAAGUCUUCAGGGCUGAAUUGAAAGAGGAACAAAGGCCUCUGAACAGUCUUUGGACGCCUCUCUAAGUAUAUCCAGUGGUGGGUAAGCAGCUAAUGAACAUCGAUCCCAACAGAACUAAUUGAUCAUGUGAAUCAAUUAAGCUAUUGAAUCCGAUUUCGUAGUUGAAGCAUCAUCCUCUGGUAAAGACUGUGUGCAUAUAAGAAGAGGAUGGCCUUUCAGUUCAACUUCAGCGUAGAAGAAGAUCUGGAAAAUAAAUUAACACCCCUUGGAGAUGGAACUUUGAGCCUGGAUUCACCAAAGGAACCAUCAGUCUCAAAAAGCCAAAAAGGAAAGCGGGACAAAAAGCGUUCUGCAGAACCGUCAGAGUUUCUUCCGGGUCGCUUGUCUUCCGCUGUCUCUGAAGACACUGGCCACCUACUCAGUGCAGCUGACCGGUCAGCUGACCCAGAAGCAUGUGAAAAACAGCCCUUCUUGAGAGUUGCUAGAGAACAUGCUAUGCCUGAAGAUUUAAAUCAGGUCUUAGAAAAUAAAGCCAUGGAAAUGUUGCCAAGUACCCAGCAUGUUAACAUAGCAAUAGUGAAAACCAUCUUGUUGAAAGGAAAGUUCCCGGGAGAAAACAUAGUUUCAAAAAGCUUUUCUUCUCAUUCUGAUCUGAUCCCAGGUGUUUAUGAAGGAGGCUUAAAAAUCUGGGAGUGUACCUUCGAUCUCUUGACUUAUUUCACAAAGGCAAAAGUGAAAUUUGCUGGGCAAAAAGUUCUGGAUCUUGGCUGUGGAUCAGGGUUACUUGGAAUAGCUGCAUCCAAAGGAAGAGCUAGAGAAGUUCAUUUUCAAGAUUAUAACAGUUUGGUGAUGGAUGAAGUGACCUUACCUAAUGUAGUUGCUAACUUCCCUGUGCAAGAUGAGGGUAAUGAUGUAAAUGAGCCAGAUGGGAAAAGACAAAGAGAGUCAAAAGUAGCCCAAGAAAUAAGUAAGUGUCGGUUUUUCUCUGGGGAGUGGUCUGAGUUUUGUAAGCUUGUAUUAAGUGAAAAACUGUUUGCGAAAUAUGACCUCAUUCUCACUUCUGAAACCAUUUAUAAUCCAGAUUAUUACAGCACUUUGCAUGAAACACUCCUCAGACUGUUGAGUAGGAAUGGCCGGGUACUUCUGGCCAGCAAAGCACAUUAUUUUGGUGUUGGUGGUGGUGUUCAUCUCUUUCAGAAGUUUGUAGAAGAAAGGGAUGUAUUUAAGACUAAAACACUUGAAAUAAUUGAUGAAGGUCUCAAGAGGUUCCUAAUUGAAAUGACUUUUAAAUACCCCAGUUAAUAUGCACUGGGCGGCCUAAUGGAAUAAACAGAAUAACCCAGAACUUAUGACUGUUUAAUUUCUUUUUAUUAUUUUUUCUAAAAUGAUGGUGUUUGUAUGGUUCUGCUUAUUAAAAUAAUAAGUCAAGUAAA